CCGCCAUCUUGUGCGGCGCCCGAGCCCCGGCCUGAGCUCGAACCUGAGCUCUAGGCGUGCGGCCUCCAAGCCAGGGAGCGAGGGCCCAGUCCCCAGGAGGCGCGAAAGCGGGAGCGGCCGCCCUCCACCCACUCCGCCGUCCCGCCCCCACCCCCAGAGCCCGGCCCAGCCCUUGCAGAGCGGAGGGCUCCGGGGUCCGGCGUGGGCCCGCGCCGCCCGCGGAGGAUGAACGGAGGAUAAAUGGUGCCCCAGGCGGACAGCGGCGCCUUCGUGCUCCUGUUUCUGCUGGUGCUCACCGGCACCGAGCCGCUGCGCCCAGGUCCACCACUAGCCCUGGCAAGACUUCUGUCAGAAUUGCGGUGCAACCCAGGCCAGUUUGCUUGUCGCAGUGGUGCCAUCCAGUGCAUCCCCCUCUCCUGGCAAUGUGACGGCAGGGGGACCUGCGAAGAUGAGAGUGAUGAGGUUGGCUGUCCAGAUGUGCCUGAGGACCAACGUUCUUAUCAUGGGAAGGAGGCCAUGGAUUCACGGCCCAGUCGUGGAAGAGGAGACACAACCCGCUUCCACACAGUGAAUGUGGCACAGCCCGUCCGCUUUAGCAGUUUCCUAGGAAAGUGCCCGACGGGAUGGCAUCAUUACGAGGGCACGGCCAGCUGUUACAAGGUCUAUCUGAAUGGGGAGAAUUACUGGGAUGCCGUGCAGACCUGUCAGCGGGUGAAUGGCUCCUUAGUCGCCUUCACGACCGACCAGGAGCUCCGCUUUGUCCUGGCCCAGGAGUGGGACCUGCAGGAGAGAACUUUUGGGUGGAAGGAUCAACGCAAGUUCUGGGUUGGCUAUCAGUAUGUCAUCACUGGUCGGAAUCGGUCUCUAGAAGGUCGCUGGGAGGUGGCUCACAAAGGUCCCUCCGAGGUCUUUUUGCCACCAGACCCCAUUUUUGCCUCAGCUGUGCCUGAGAAUGACAACGUGCUCUGUGCCCAGCUUCAGUGUUUCCACUUCCCCACCUUGCGGCACCAUGACUUGCACAGCUGGUAUGCAGAGAACUGCUAUGAGAAGUCCUCCUUCCUCUGCAAAAGAAGCCAGACGUGUGUGGACAUCAAGGACAACAUUGUGGGAGAAGGCUACCACUUCACGCCCAAGGGCAACGACCCCUGUCUGAGCUGCACCUGCCACAAUGGGGAGCCAGAGAUGUGCGUGGCUGCGCUGUGCGAGGGGCCCCAGGGCUGCCAGCAGUACGACAAAGACCCCAAGGAAUGCUGCAAGUUCAUGUGCUUGGAUCCAGAUGGCAGCAGCUUGUUUGACUCCAUGGCGAGUGGGAUGCGCCUCAUCGUCAGCUGCAUCUCCUCCUUCCUCAUCCUGUCCUUGCUGCUCUUCAUGGUCCAUCGGCUGCGACAGAGACGCCGAGAGCGCAUUGAGUCGUUGAUUGGUGCAAACUUGCAUCAUUUUAACCUCGGACGGAGGAUCCCAGGCUUCGAUUAUGGUCCUGAUGGCUUUGGGACAGGCCUUACUCCACUGCAUCUCUCUGACGAUGGAGAAGGCGGAGCCUUUCAUUUCCACGACCCUCCUCCGCCAUACACGGCCUACAAGUACCCAGACAUCCAGCAUCCUGAUGACCCCCCGCCACCCUAUGAGGCCUCCAUCGACCCCAACAACAUGCUCUGCACCAGCCCAGAUGGCGUUUGCCCCCAGCCAGCUCAGAGCAGCCCACCCUCCCUAGGAGACAGUGAUGCCUCUCCCAGACUCCCCGAGGGGCCUCUCCCACCUUUGGUGGGGCCCUCCCCAGCAGAACUGGACGACUCAGCUGAUAGCAGCACCCUCCUUGUACCUCCGGACACACCCCUGAGUGAGAACGGGCCAGUAGAAACUCUGGGGGGCAGCCGCCCCAGCCUCUGCUCUCUCAACACCAUUGUAUAAAGGGGUGGUGAGCCGAGAGCCUGCUGGUCAUGAAUCAUUGGAGCAACUGUUUGCAUAUGACUAACAGAGAAACAGCUCUGCCCGCUCUGCCCUCUCUUCCAGGCUGGCAUCGCCCCCCCAUUGUGCUGGGCUUGGCUCUGCCCUCACCGUGCAUCCACCACCUGGUUUAUCAUGUAAAUAGGGUCCAGGGGGCUGGGUGAGAGGAAGGCCACAAGUUCCUCAUCAGGCAGGAAGAGAGGAAAGAAGCUCGGGCAGCUUUGGUCACUGCUCUUGGGUUUGGCUUGUUUUCUUUAGUCAUGGAAGAGGGACAGGGCUCUCUGUUGUAGCAAAUGGGCCGAGGCCAGGGGCUGGAAGGGGCAGGGUUUACCUGCACUGCUUGCUCCCAUAUAGCACUUGGAAAUGUCCUCAGGACAGCCACAGCUGGGGCUGGCUGGGGUGUGGUGAUGCUUAGGACCAGGUAGGUCCUGGGGGAGGGGGUGAGGGUGUUGGUUGCCAGGUCUGUGUCUCCAUCUUGAACGGGCAGAGGAAUAGAAGGGGAUUUGCAGAAGGUUUGGCUUUGGAGGCCUUGGAUGCGGGGGCCAUAGGUGCACGGAGUGCUUGGAGAUCCCCAGGCUUCAAGGCUGGUGAGAGCAGGCACGCUGGCACAUAGAUGGCUUUGGCCUCCUCAGGCUGCUGUCCAGCAUCCCCAUGGCAGGCUGAGCAAGCAGGGCAGAGGAGAGCACAGCCCUGCGAGCCAGGACCUCAGAGCACAAUGAGAAGGGCCGGAUGCCUGCUAGCUUUCUUGCAUCCCACAUGGUAGAAUGUGUUCCUGCAUUCAGACCUGCUUGGGUGCGAGCAGAUCAAAAGAAAGGACAUGGCCCAUUGGGAACUGGCCUGCUGAUAGAAUUGCUUCUCUGCCAGGGUCUCAAACUGCAGACUGGCCUAUCGACUUUGGCAGGCAGGCAGGCGGUCUCAUUGUGGGAGGGCGAGUGGCCUGAGUCCCAGCAGAGGCUGACUUGGGUCCAUGGUGUGAAUCCAGGGUGCCUUUUGUACUCCUGGUCUGUGCAGAACCUCCAUGGGUGACAUCAUGCCCUUGUGGGCUCCCCAGCCUUGGCUGCCACCUCUGGAAACUGAGGGCUCUCCUCCCACGCUCAGCCCUCUGCCCACGAACCCUUGAGGAUCCUGCUCGGGGGAGUUGCUGCCCUUUCUGACGCCUCUGGAAGAAGAGGCCUUGGCGACAGUGGGCAGAAGGGGGGGGGCAGGGUCUUAGAAAUGGAUGGAGUUGCCUCCAUCCAGGGGGGCUUUUCAGGGGACUGGAGAGCAGCCAAGAAGAUGUGUGUAGGCUUCAGUCCACUGGGUGAGGGGGUGACGGGGAGUUUGGGAGACUUGGUGAUGGGGGGCUCCCUUUCCACUUAAAACAAAGAGCAUCGUAGGGGUGAGCCCCAGAUGGUAUUUCACUUGGACCCAGACCUCUCAGUAUUUUCUCAGGCUCUCAACUCGAGCAGUGUGAUCUCUGGUGUCUGUCCCCACCUGCUUCUCCCUUCACCUUCAGUUCGGUUAGUGGUUUACCUCAUUAGUAACCUUGGGGGCAGGGGAUUCAUGGGCAGCUGCACUAUGUGUUUGUCUCCCGUCAGGGCGGGGCCGAAGGUUAUCCAGGGCUCUGUGGUUGUUCACGUGGGUGAGACACUUAGGGUUCUGUCUCCCAGCACAUGCUGGGCCCACCUUGGGAAGCUUUGCCCCUUUGGGCCUGUUCCUUCUUCCUCAGCCACCAUGUGCAGUGUAUUGUUGGUCAUGAGCACCCAGUGCACGGAGAGGGGUUUCUGGGCCUGGUGACCUGUCACUCAUGGCCCUGCUUCAGGCACUCGGCUGGCCAGAGACAGACGUAGCCUGUGGACAGCAGAUGUGGCCCAAGUAGGAAUAAUAAAGCGGGUCUUGUGCACUUUUGAGCACAUCUAUACGUUUUUCUAUACAUUGUAUGUACUAUACAUUGUAUGUCCUUUAGUUUUAUAUGGGUGGUCAAGCGUGUGUGUGUGUGUGUGUGUGUAUGUGUGUGUGUGUGUGUGGGUGCAGGGGUGUGUGUCUGUGUGGGUGGGCGGGUGUGAUCACGGUACGGUGGAUGCCCACCUGAGGAAGAGAAGCCUGGGGUGGCUCAGCUAGGAACCUACCAAGGAGUCUUGGAGCAAGUGUUGCUGGGUGAAACCACACUGGGCCUUCACUCACUCAUUCAUUCGUUUGUUUGUUCAUUCAUUCAUUCAUUCAUUCAGCCAUAUUUCCUUGGGCCAGAACCAGCCGCCUUGUGGGUUCACAUUCAGUCUCAGUUCAGUGAUUCACAUACUGGCUUGUCACCUCAGAGAAGAGGUAGGGACAGUCCCUGCAGCUGGUCCUUCCUCUCUGGGUUCCUUGGUCACUUGUGGCUGUUUACUCCUGUUCUAGUGUGGAUGGAGCCCAGUAGCUUUUCUCCUGUGGGUGUGUUCGAACAUGUUUUUAAUUCCUUUUCUCUUUCUGUGUAAGGAGGGAUGGGUGCCACCUGGGGGCUCCUGCCCUAAGCAGAGCUUGUUAAUAGCCACCCCAUGCCCCAUGGCUUUGGGGACCUGAGCAAGGGAAGCCUUGGCUGCUGCUUCUGGGGAUUCUCGCUCUCUGGGUCGGGGCAGGUCUGCUCUUAGAAUCCUUCCCUCCUCUUGCCAAACAGUUGAUGGGGGAAGUGUUAGGUUUUUUAAAAAAGGAAUGAUGGCAGCCUUGCACAUUGAAUCCCUCAUUCUAGUUGUUAAUUAAAGACAAAAAGCUUUUGGUUGGUGUUUCCGGAAUAUUAUUUGAGGUUUCUGGGGAAGAGAGAAAGGCUGUGUUUCAGAAUGAGGAAGUGAUAUCAUCCCCUCACACGCCCUUGUGUUUGCCCUGCAUCCCCCAGGCCUUUGGACAGAUGGAUGCUUUCUCAUUUUUAAACCAGGAAGACACUGGGCGCUCACUGCUCUAUCUGACCUCUCAGGUUCCUUCCAGAAAUCAGUGCUUGUGAUCCACAGCAACCAAAGUGGAAGGAAAGCCCCUGGUCACCUUGUUUGCUUUCAACUCCAGACUACUGGGUUACCCCAAGCAGGGAAGCCAAGGUGGUCUGUCCAAGGUGGGCCCAAGUCUGCUCCUCCUCUGAGAGAGGCCGUCCCCUACGUACCUGAGGGCCUGCAGGUGGAGCCUAGGCCAACACAGUUGUUUCUGAGAGCCAGGCAAGGAGCUGCUCUGGACCCAGGCCCGGAGUUGAGACGCAUUUCUACACAUUGGAGUAUUGUAGGUAGUGGAUCUCCCUCGUAGCUCGCCUGACCCCAGCCCAGCCCCUCCUUGGGUCGUUUGUAGUUUUUGAUAGAGACUUCUUCCUCACUUCUAACACAAUGCAGUGCCAUUUGAAAACACUGGCAUCUACACUUUCAGAAAUACUCAGGCAUGGGUGUCCUGAUUUUUUCACUUGAUGAAAUGACUUCUUGUCAGUCAACACUUUAAUUCUAUAUUCUGGUGGCUUCAGCUCCUGGGCAGGCAGACUCCUCAUGUGGUCUGGGAUAGUAGAGGCAGCAUUAGAGGACCCCUCCCCCCAAGAAAACCCCACAAACCUUCUAGCCACAGCCUGAGCCCCAAGGCCUCCUGAGGCCAUGCAAAUGAGUGCCUUUCAUUCCAAGCUGAGGCCUGAGGGCCUGGGCACCUAGCCCAGUCCUGCCCUGCCCCAUUGUCAUGUACCCAUCUGCUACCCUGAGCCAGCCAGGGUAUGAAGGCAGGAGAGUGUAUGAGUGGGUGUAUAUCCAUAGGACUGCUAGGGCAUGGCUCUCCCAGGGGAUCUCCAAAUUUCUGUGACAGGUGGCCACCCUUCACCCUAGAACUGACAGGGUCUGUGUGGCUUCUGUCUGUGAACAUGUGACUCCACCCCCUGGAGAGAGCCACUGGAGUCUUGUACCCCAUCCUGCCCCCUUUCUCAGAGUGAGGACUAGAUUCUGCUUAGUGAAGUCUGUACAGGAGCUUCCACAUGGGUCAAGCCUGGGAGUCCAGUGUGCUUUCUGUCCACAGAAGAAGAUGCUUCCACAUGACGCACUAGCUGAGAGUCCCAUGACUGUUAAUGGGGAGGCUUGGGCAGGAUGCCCAUUGGCCCUCUUCUUACCCUUCUGAAAAUUACCACCUGCUCCAAGGAUCUAGGCUCCAGACUUGACUGAGUGCCUCACCAGGGGAGGGGAAGUUUGUAUGGUCCUGUAAGGGCCAGGGUCUUUCCUUCUUCCCCACUUGCCCUGCACAAAAUGGACUCAGUUGUUUGAAGUAGGAUCCCCCAGCUUUCCACUCACCACUGUCCACCUGCCAUCACGCCUCACACACUCCCAGGGCCAGACUCUGCCCUUGUUUGGGGGUGGGGUUUGGAGAGCAAGGGGAUCACUGCUGCUGCCGCUGCCACUGCCCUCCCCUGGUGCCCUGACCCCUGUGGAGCUGGCGAUACUCUGCAGCCAUGGAGGAGGGCUUCUGGUCUUCUCUGAAAGGCCCCGUAGGACUGGCACUGGGCACUGUAGACAUCUUGAAGACUUCUUUCUUGCUUUCAUGGAGGGGGUUUGAAUUGUUUGUUUUUUGUUGUCCAGUUGGCACUAAUCUUUUUGUCCUCCUCAUGAUGCUGUGAGAACUGUGUCAUCUAAAUGCCAAAUAAAUUUGUGUUCUGGCCACAA